CCCGCCUUCCCGAUCUGUUUCCACAUAUAUGUCCUCCCUAGUUACAGCGCCAGGUUCCGAAGACCCGUGGAGUACGCGCAACCCGUCGCCCAGCAGGGAGCUUUCUGGGACCAGUGUCUAAUUCUGAUGCUCUUCAUGGUCACCUGUUGGAGUGCUUUGAUGUUUAGAGUGCUUUGAAGUUAUCGGAGACCCCAGAACAGAGGAGGCCAAGGCAGGAGGUGACAGUAGCAUCAGGGAGUAGUCCAACAGCAGAAACACCAUCAUCACCUCCUGCUCCUUUGUUUCUGAUGAGAACCAGAACAAGCUGAUGGAACCAGGAGCUAUCGACUUGGGAGCAGUGCCAGAAGACAUCAGGAGUGAGAACCCAGACGAGAAACCAGGGCUGGAGCCCACAAGAUGGAGCAGGAGCCCAGACGAGAGACCAGGGCUGGAGCCCACAAGAUGGAGCAGGAACCCAGAUGAGAGACCAGGGCUGGAGCCCACAAUUUUCCCCUUAGACAGCAGUGGAUUGGGUGCUUUCUGUAGAGCUCCUGGGCCGAGUCCCUCUCUGCUGGCCUCUCUGCGCUCUCUAGCUGAACACAGCAACCACAUGCUUCUGCCACACUCCUUACACCAGAUAGCAGAAUCGUAUUUCCUUGAGGAGGACUACCCGUGGGCGGUGCAGUUUCUGCGCCUGGAGCAGCUGUACCACGAGAGGCUGAUCUCCAACCUGACCUCCCUGCAGGAGGAGUGGGAAUCCCAGUGGAAGUCUGGCACUACAGCCGGAAGCAGCACACCUAUGAAUACCCAGGGCAACGAUGCCGAGUCCAAAUGCAUGGACUCUCUGAGUCAAAUCUGCCAAACACACCAAAGACCUAAUCGCACUGGUCAGGGCGUGGUUGACCUGGCCACCAGCCCAACGCCAGCAGUGGGGGAGAGGAGGUCGGUUGAGGAGACGCCCCGAGGGUACCCAGCACGGUGGGAGGAGAAAGAGAACGAAUCCUCGUUGCCACGCAGCGAACCAGAGGAGGGAAUGGAGGAUGAAGAGGAGGAGUUGGAGGAGGAUUUUGGGGAGGAAUUUGGGGAGGAAGACGAUGGUUUGACGGACGAGCUCCAGGACGAUUUGGCCACAGCAGGGUUGGCGUCUGGAGAGGAGCUGGUUAAACCAGUUCUAGCCCAGCAGAGCGUCCCCUCCAAAGGCCUGGUGUCCAUCCUGAGGAAGAGUUCACGUCACUGUGGAGCCGGUAUCACCAACCACGUUCCACCCAAAGGCUCCUACAGACGCAAAGUCCGUUUCAGUGAAAUGGACAACACACUCGACACUGAUGAAGUGGGCGGAGCCUCUUGCUUGCUCUUCUUUCUUCUGUGCCUGGUGACCACGGUGAUCAGCAUGGGUGGGACUGCAAUUUUCUGCCUCAUGGGCGGGGCUUAUUCAAACGUCUGCACAGAUUUUUCACAAAACAUGGACUUUUACUUUGGACCCGUGCGACGAGGGAUGGACACUCUCACGCACUGGUUCACGCCCACGUCGUCAUCGCCCUGAUUAACAGCCUCUCAGACUGGAACGACGCCCUGGUUUUCCCAGUCAUUUCUUUGAGUUGUCAAAAGACUCCAAGGGUAUCACUGUACCUACUGAAAAAACUCCUUAAGAUCUCAAUAUGCCAAAAAGGCCUUAAUGUUACUUAGUGAAGCCACUGUGUAGUUGUGCAUGAUCCACAUGAUGCACAUUUAGAUUCUGCAAUACACUUGUAUAGAUUUAACAUGAAAUUAACUGGAUUGAGCAAUAUUUCUAUGCACUCAAGUUCCAUCACCAAUUAAUUUCAUAAUGUACUGUUCAUGUCUAUUUAUGUGUUAAAAUGUAUUUGAUACUUAUGUUUCGACUGGACAGAUUUCUAGUGGUGUUAUCACCACAGAAAGUGCACAUUUUUGUUAGCUUUGUUUUGCAUAAUGUGAAGGUAAUACAGGCACAUUUGCACAAGUCCCCAGCACCUUAGAACUAUGAGAUUCACAGUUCAGUAUUGAUCGUUGCUUUGUUGAGAAAUAGACUUUCUUCACUUUUAUUCAUCUGUAAUGGGGAACUGAUUUGCUUGUAGUCACUUUUGGAUGUUUGGUGAUGGAUGUGGUUUGUAGAAGGGCAUGGAUUGCUGAGGGUGUGGUUUGUAGAAGGGCGUGGUUUGAGGAUAUGGUUUGUAGAAGGGCGUGGUUUGUUGAGGAUGUGGUUUGUAGAAGGGCGUGGUUUGUUGAGGAUGUGGUUUGUAGAAGGGCGUGUUUUGUUGAGGAUGUGGUUUGUAGAAGGGCGUGGUUUGUCGAGGAUGUGGUUUGUAGAAGGGCGUGGUUUGUCGAGGAUGUGGUUUGUAGAAGGGCGUGGUUUGUCGAGGAUGUGGUUUGUAGAAGGGCGUGGUUUGUCGAGGAUGUGGUUUGUAGAAGGGCGUGGUUUGUUGAGGAUGUGGUUUGUAGAAGGGCGUGGUUUGGUGAGGAUGUGGUUUGUAGAAGGGCGUGGUUUGUCGAGGAUGUGGUUUGUAGAAGGGCGUGGUUUGGUGAAGGGCAUGGCAGGGCACAAUAAAAGGAUAGUAGCAGAUCUUAAGGGGACAACAUUGAGUCUUGUAGUGUUGGUAGUUCUUUAAUAAUGUUCUGUAUUUAUGUGUAUCACUAUGGAAUUUUCAUAUUCUUUUAUGGUCACUGUGAUUACUGAGAUAAAUAAAAUCUGUUGUUCUGUGACGUA